AUGUGGAAAAAUGAUGCCAAUAUUGGGAUCCAGGUUCAUGUAUUUAGCAGGGCUUUUUCUAUGUGGCAGCUGUACAAUUUUAUUUGGGCUGGUGGUUUUAUUCUUCCAUUUGCUGUGACAGGAAGUGUGUUUUGGGCAAUUAUACCUAUUAACUUUUGGAUUCUGUCAAAAAGGAAUGAUCAGACAUUUGACAGAUUGGGUAACAUCAUGGUACUGUUUAAAAAUCCUCUGGUGCUUGUGACUUGCUUUGUUAUUAUGAUCUCGUAUACAGUCCAGGCUGGAUUAUAUCCAAUUUUGGAACCACAUCUUCGCAUUUUUUCACUCAGUAGCCCAAUUGUUGGACUGUUAUUUUUACUGAUGUCUGUGACAUAUGCCAUAUCUUCACCGUUCUGGGGAUGUCUUUCUGAUAACAUGGUGUUGAUAGGUUGCAUUUAUGUAAGUGUCCAUUUUCAACCGUUGCGUUUAUCUGUAGCCAACUCCACCACAACCACCUUACGUCCCUUAACCCUCUUUAUCUAUAUAACUCCCCACCCUCUAUUAUAG